AUGACGUACGAACCCGAAGAGUUCUCGCCGGCGACGCCGCCCUUCUUCGAGGACGGCGCCGGCGACGUCUGGGUUCCCCUCUACCGCCACUCGUGCACCUUUGGUCCCGACGUCUUCGUCGAAAAGAUGGACAACAUGAUUCGGAACCCAAACCUCAACUCCAGCUGGCUGUUCCGCGCCGAUAUCCUCCACGACGAUCUAGAGGGUGUCGUCUCCGCCUCGCCGGACCUUCGACCUGUCGUGAGAGACGUCAAGGGCAUGCGAUGCCACCGAAGGCUCGUCCGGAAGCUGAUACCGAGAAACGACCGGCGCGAUGCGCCCCUGGACCAGACCUGCUCGUUUCACCACGAGGACUCGUCCGACGAAACGCUGCGGUCGCUGGUCCUCUAUCUGCCACACGCCUCUUCCGGUCCUGAGCUGCCCUUUUACCACCCCCAUGUCCGCGGAAUCGCUCACUUGCACGAGUGGGAUCCCGUGCGACAAUCUGGUUCGAUAUCGAUCCACUUCCUCCCCUUCGAGCCCGAGCACCUCGACGAUCCCAAGACCCGCCGGCCAGCCUACCACCUCCUUCACAUCCUCCACAAGCACGGCCACGGCGUGGGAUACGUCAAAAAGGUCCACCACGACAUUGUCGUCCCGCAGGCUACCUUCCAGGACCGCUACAUGCAGCUGAAGAACAAGUACGCCCGCGACCUGGUCCAGGGUUGGGCCGAAUCCACGGACCCGGCCAAGCAUGUUUUCGAGGACCUCGCCAUUGCCUCCUUCCUCAUCGGCCUCUGGGAGGACAUGUUCAAGGGCGGCAGCAAGUUUCCCGGCUUCGUCGACAUCGGCUGCGGCAACGGCUUGCUCGUCCACGUCCUCAACAAGGAAGGCUAUGCCGGAUGGGGCUUUGAUGCCAGGGCGCGCAAGUCUUGGGCGCAAUACCAGAGCCCCGUGCAGUGUUCCCCAUCCGGUCAGUCCUUGGAACAGCGACUGCUUCUGCCCAGCGUCGUCCCCACGCAGAGCGACAGCGCGACACCAGAACUCGACGGCGAUCUCGUUCACGACGGUGUCUUCCCCCAGGGAACAUUCAUCAUCUCCAAUCACGCCGACGAAUUGACGCCUUGGACCCCUAUCCUAGCCGCCCUCUCGCGUUGCCCCUUCCUCAUGAUUCCCUGCUGCAGCCACAGGCUCACGGGAGAAAAGUUUCGUGCGCCGGCGCCGCGCGACAAGUCGAAAUCCAGCUCGACGUUUGCCUCUCUCGUCGACUGGGUGACACGCAUCGGCGAGGACUGCGGCUGGCUGAUCGAGGUGGAAAUGAUGCGCAUUCCCAGCACCAGAAAUAUCGGCCUCCUGGGCAGGACUCGGGUCAAGGACGCUAUCGACAUUGACGUGGACGCCAUCCUCCGAAAGUACGGGGGGGUAGAUGGCUACUAUGACAACGUGGCGAAGCUGGUCAAGGCUGGGCCGAGAAGUCAUUGA